CGCCGAGAUCCGGGCUUGGCAUAUUCGCUUUCUUUGUGGUCGCAGGCUCAUGGAAUCGCUCUUCGGCAUCGUUGGCAAGGACUUCGUCAUCCUCGCGGCUGACUGCAAGGUCGCCCGCUCGAUCCUCGUGUACAAGGACGACGAGGACAAGAUGCAAACGCUCGAUGCACACAAGAUCAUUGCGGGCGCCGGCCCCCAAGCCGACCGCGUCGAGUUCUGCGAGUAUGUGCAGAAGAACAUGAAGUUAUACCAGCUCACACACGGCGUGACGCUGAACGGCCAUGCGACGGCCAACUAUGUGCGCGGCGAGCUCGCACGCCGCCUCCGCAAGGCGCCGUGCCAGUUGAACGCGCUCCUUGGCGCUUGCGAUGUCGAGACGCUCGACGGCGAGAAGAAGAUCCUCCCGAGCCUCUACUGGCUCGACUACCUCGGCACGCUCGCCAAGGUCAACUAUGGCGCGCAGGGCUACGGCGCGCACUUUUGCCUCUCCAUCAUGGACCGCGAAUGGCACGAGAACCUGACGCUGCCCGAAGCGCUCACGAUCUUGCAGCACUGCGAUAACGAACUCAACGAGCGCUUCUUGGUGCGCUCGGGUGAGUGGCUCUACAAGGUCAUCGACGCGAACGGGAUCCGCGACGUGACCUUGUAAGUCAUGGCUCCUACUUUGCUCCAUGCUGCUUCGUCCACACCCAAGACGACGUGGUAAGCAAAAUUAAACAUUGGAUAUGGCUUCUACUUGCGGCGGUUGUACCGCGUCUUGGACUUGAACGAAUUGACGCUCUUCUUGCCCUGCUUGCGCAGGUUCGUAAUCUUCUCCUUGAAGACAAACUCGUC